GUAAAAAUAGGUGCCCCGGCACAAAUAAAGGUGUGGAUAAGGGCUUUCUCACAAACAAUGUACUGCAACUAUUUUACCCGUAAAUAAUCAUCAUUUAUUUUGAUCUCAAGGAGGCAUCCAUGGCUGUCAACCAAGAAGAGACAACUCUUGAGGAACAGUUAGAGCUUCAGCUUCGAGAACAUAAAGACUCCCUUGGCGACCUGACCGAAGCCCUUUCUUCCGAUCCCUCCAAUCUCGAACUCAUAUUGGUUCAAGAAGAGCUUAAACAGUCUAUCAAAGAAGUGGAGAAUGGGCUUCUUCACAUGAAACAGGCAAGGCUACUUAGAGAAGUUGAUAUUGCUAUGCGAUGCUCCAAAAGUUAUUCCGAGAAUGAGAAGAUCGUGCCUCUUGAUCCAGAGGAUUCUGUCAAUCACAAUUAUUUAUAUGAUGAAGUAGAACCGAUUGUGGAUCAAAAUUAUUCUAUUGGAUCAAAAUGUAGGUUCCGCUUUACUGAUGGACGAUGGUAUAAUGGACUGAUUUUGCAGUUAGAGGGUUCUCAUUCUGCAUUAGUUUCAUUCCUGACUCCUACAUCUGAAAGCAUGCUGAUGUGCAAGUUCUUUUUACAACAGCGUUGUCGGUUUGGUAGUAGUUGCCGCUUGUCACAUGGUAUUGGUGUCCCAAUAACUUCCCUAAAGAAGUUUGUCCCUACACUAUGGGGUCCUUCAUUGGUGGGGUCCAGUAUUUGGGCCCAGGCAGAGGGAAACAGUUCUGGGUUAUGGAGAGAAGCUGAACUAGAAUCUUGGGAUGUGAUUCUUAAUCUGGGUCAUGUCGUGUUCCGUGACACGGGAAGCUCUUCUGAACUUGGGAUAGAAUCUCUCUCUCUUUCAGAACAUGCAGAGUUGAGUGAUGAAGAGGCAGAGGUAGAAAUGACUUCCUCUGAUUGUACUUGUAGUGACUUGGAUGAUGAGGAUUCUGCUGUUCCUCUACAAGAGCUUGGGUUUCUACAAAGUACGACCAUGCAAAGUGGGGUCCAGACAGAAACUGCACUUUUUGCCAGGUGGGAAAAUCACACUCGUGGCGUGGCUUCUAAGAUGAUGGCGAACAUGGGCUACCACGAAGGAAUGGGCCUAGGAGUUGCCGGACAGGGAAUGUUGGACCCCAUUUCCCUCAAAGUUCUACCGUCCAAACAACCCCCCCUCCACUCCUUUGAAUCUAUGAGGAAUGGAGUGGAAAAAACUAUUGGUAUCCGAACGGAACAAAAGGAGGGGAAGAAACGGAGCAGGGGUGGGAAGAGGAAACGUGAGAAGAGAUUCGCAGAAGCAGCAAGAGCCUUGAGAGAGGAAGGAUCAGAGUUUGACAUGUUUUCCCUCAUCAAUUCUCAGCUUGCUGUUCAUACUGAGAGUUUGAAAAAGCACCAGAUGGAUCAUAAAGGAGAUGAGAAGAGAGGAGAGGGGAGGCAGGGCCUGCUUGGAUACGAGGAUGAGAUACAUGUGCUGAAGAUGCGUGUGAAGAGACUGGAGAAGAUGGUGAAUAGGAACAGGAGGGAGACAGUGGUUUAUGAGGCUGGUAUGAGGAAACUGAAUGAGACUCGGAAAGCUCUGGCGGAUGCUGAAGCUGCUCAUUCUUCUGCUUCCAUCCAAGUUUUCACCAAGGAAAAAGAGAAGAGAUGGCUCAAGUUCUGAAGAAGAUACACAAUACACACAAGUAACACAAUUUUUUUACUCCAAGGGGCGUCUGGGGAGGGGGUCUGGGGGGCCUGGAGUAAUCAGGCUGAAACUCACUCCGUUGAGUUUCAAACCCUUAUGUGCCUAGUGGGUUUCGAACUCGAGACCUCUCACUAGGUACGAUAACUUCACAAUGGAAUGUUUGGUUACACAAGUAACACAUUUAUCCUCCUGUUUUAUUUUCACAAAUGUCAUCAGCUAUAGCCAUAUUCUCCUUUAAGUGAAUUAUUAUGGUGGCCUAUUGCACGUGUAACUUAA